AUGUCACGUUUGGAAGGAAAUAAAGGAAGCUAAUCCAACCUCCCAUAAUAUAAAAAUAAAAAUAAAGAUAAAUCUAUUGCAGUUCCUUAAGAACAUGAGCAGGAUAAAGACUCAAUUUUACAAACAUGGGAGGAAAUCGAGUAAAUCAGAAAAGAAAAUAAGGAGCUUAGAGAUGAAAUUAAAACAGAGGCACGCAUGAAUAAUCUAAAUGCUCCAGUUUUGGUUACUAAAAUGGAACAGAUAUAAGAACUUAGUAGCAUUUAUGCUUAAAAGAUAGAAGUUGAAACUUAGAAAAAGAAAGAUUUAGAGUUACUCAAGCAGAUAUCUUAGGAGACUAUAAAUAGUAACUUAAAGAAGAUGAGCUAAAGUAAUGGUAUAGCUCUACCAUAGCUUUAGGCUAAGAUUAAAUAACUAGAAUAUAAAUUAGAAAAAACAAGAAGCAGACACAAUGAAAGUUUGGCUCAAAUAAAUAUGCUUAAAGAAUAAGUUAAUAUGGCGAGAAGAGAGAGAGUCAUUUUUUCUAAUGUUUUCAAAAAACUUGAGAGCGAUAUUAAGCUUAAAGACGAGGAAUUUAAGAAAUACAUGAUUGAAAAAAUGUAAGUAGAUGUUAAAAAGAAGCAAUUAGAAGAGGAGUUAUAGAAAAUAAAAAUAAGAGCAAAGAAAGAAGUUCUUCUGUUCAAAAACGAAUAUCAAUAAUUGUUUAACCAAAGUAAAGUGUAGCAAUAGUAAUAAUAGAGCAAUAACGAGUCGCUUGAGUACAAUCCAGGAUAAAAGAGAAUUUUUGAAACUGAAGUCAUAUUAAAUGAGUAGAUACAAUUAAAUACAGCAAAUAACACAACUAUAAUAAACAACAACAGUAUCAUCAGUAAUAAUAACAACACAAACAAUAUGAAUUCUCCUAACAACCAAAAUUACACUAUGCCUAACAACAGCACCUUAACAAACUAAAGUUCUAUUUUAAAUAAUAAAAAUCUUAAUUAAAAAAAUCAAGCUAACUCUAUAAAUCUCUAAGUUACACAAGAAGAACUUUAAAAGUACCAGUUUAUGUUCCAAAAAAUUCAAAAAGAAGUUGGAAUAGAUGACUUAGAUCAUUUAAUUUAUCUCUUCGAAAAUAUUGACAAAGAAAAUAACGACCUCUAUGAAUCUGCAAACAGCAAAAGUGAUGAAAUUGAUGCACUUAAAAAAAAAAUCAAAGAAGUUGAAAACGAAGUUUAGAAAUACUCGAAGCAUAACGAUAACAAACAGAAGCAAAGCAGUGUCAAUGAUAAAAAGCUGUAGGAUAUUUAAAAAUACGAGAAAAAGAUAGAUAAUGUAGAUAGUCUCACAAAAGUGGUCAAUACAGACAUUCAAAGUGUUAAUACUAAGCUUAUAAAAAUAGCAGAAAAGUUUAACAUUCCUAUUCCUCAAGGAGAAGAAAUAGAAGAAACAAGUUUCAUCAAAUUUCUACAGGAUGUUGAAGCAAGAAUCAAUGAUAUUAUUAAUAUGUCUCUUUAUUGUGAAGGAAAGAUAAUAAAUAUAGAUCGUCAUCAUCAUGAAACAUAGGUAACAGUUACAAGUUUAUCUAAAAAAGGAGACAACAACAGUGGAAUAGCUCUAGUAUUAGAUGGAGUUAAAAAGAAUAGCGAGUCAGAAUCAGAAAGAAUAUUAACUAAGGGUGAUUUCGACCUAGUCAGCAAAAAUGAAAUAAAAAACUUUAAAGAAAAUAAAGGCAAAGUUCCUCUUUCUUAGAAAGGAAAGAAAUCAAAAAUAUGA